GUAGGCGCCUGCCAAGUCAGGGACGCUCUGGCUGGGAUUGCUCCCAAGCGCGCUGAGGGCGGACCCGCAUCCCUGGGUGCACCCUCGGGUCCCAAAGCACACCGGAGGACCCGCCUGGGCGGAGCCUCUGGCCGAGGUGCGGCCCUCGGGGAGCAGGGGCGGAGAAGUGGGUCAAAUUACGUGGGCCUCUCCUUUAGCCAGGCCUGGUCCCAAUUCCCUCGCAUCUUUUCCUGGAGGUUAACUCCACCGCCCAUGUCCGAGAUGCCAGACCCAGACCCAGACCCAGAGGAGGAAGUAGCUGAAGACGCCCCCGCCCCCGAGACACCCACCUGGAAGGGCUUGGAAGAAGCAGCUCGGGAGCCUGGUAGUUAUGAGAUCCGGGAGUAUGAACCAGCUAAGUGGGUUAGUACCUCAGUUGACUCAAUGGACUGGGAUGCAGCCAUCCAAGCUGGCUUCACAAAACUUCAUAAUUACAUUCAAGGCAAGAAUGAGAAAGAGCUAAAGAUAAAGAUGACUACCCCAGUGACGAGCUAUGUGGAGCCAGGUUCAGGGCCAUUUUGCCAGUCUACUAUUACCAUUUCCUUAUACAUCCCUGCCGAACAGCAAUCUGACCCACCCAAGCCUUCAGAGUCAGAUGUCUUUAUUGAAGACAGAGCUGCAAUGACGGUGUUUGUGCGGUCCUUUGAUGGAUUUUCUAGUGCCCAAAGGAACCAGGAACAACUCUUGACAUUAGCAAGCAUUUUGAGGGAAGAUGGAAAAGUCUUUGAUGAAAAGGUUUACUAUACUGCAGGCUAUAAUAGUCCUUCUCAGUUGCUUAAUAGACACAAUGAGGUGUGGUUGAUCAAGAAAAAUGAACCUCCCAAAGAAAAUGAAUAAAAAAAAAAUUCUGCUAAGGGCAAAAGUUCUGCUAAUGUAGACUUCAAUACUACUGUUUAGCAAAUUGCUAAUCUACAUAAGAACACUGUCAUCUGAGCUUUCUUAUGUGCCUUUUCCAGUGCCUGAAGCUUCCCUUUGCUUCAAGAAUAGGCUGGCAAUUCACGAUUCCUGCUAAAACAACAAACAUUUAAUUUGGUUAAUGGUAAUAAUUUUUCUCCUUUUUCACCAAGAGGGUCAGAGGAAAUGUCCGUGGAUGUAUUUUUCUUCUUUUCUGAUGUUCUGAUGUUUUUUUUCCCCAUCCUUGCUUCCAUGGGUAGAACACUGUCCUCUCUUCCAAUCAGUGAAAUUCUCAAAUAUUUACUAUCUGUGGAUAGUGCCAAGCUAUCAGCCCUAGGGAUCCUAAGUUUCCAGUUGAUAGUAAGUAGUUAGCCAGUAUCCUAAGCGUCCCUAACUUUCCAUCACCAGGGAGCAGGAGAUUUUUAUUCCAUGGUUAGCUAAUUUCCAUCCAUCUUCUGAAAGGACUAUUGGUUCAUAAAAAAUGCAACUAAGAAUAGGAUGUGUUUGUCAGUGAUUUCUAACCUUGCUUUUGUGACUCACAGAGUAUUUCAAAGAAUGCCUCAAUUAAUAAUUUUUAAUAGAUCAAUUAAAAAAAAUAGUCAUGAAUUACUUUUAGGAGGAAUAGUAAGCAAUUCAAACAAAUGCUGCAACACACACCCCACCCCCACUAGAAUUUUUAAUUUUUUUACUUUACUCUUGUGAACUUCAAUGUCUUCUUUAUUAUCUGGCAAAAUGAAGUGAUAAAUGCUUCCUUAAUGUUUAAUUGACUUAAAACUAUGUGCAUUUUUCUCCAUUUACCCAUAUAUCCUUAUAGUAUUUUGAU